AUGGCUCGCAAAGAAGCUUCCCUGCUGGCAGAGGAGGAGACGCUGGACAAAGCUGUGCCCGCGUCUCAGCCUGACCCAUCUAUCUCAUCUCAUCGACUCAAAUUGCUAACCUAUGCCAGCGCUCUGCUAGGCAACAGCACUUCCGCAGUCGUCACCAAUCCUUUUGACAUUAUCAAGGUCCGACAACAAUUAGCGCUCUCCUCGCGGCACAAUUUUUGGACGUUGGGAAGGGAAAUGGUUGUUGGAGAAGGCGUGCAGAGCCUUUGGUACGGUGUGACGGCCAGUAUACUGAGAGAGGCUAGCUAUGGAACGAUUAGAAUGGGAAGCUACGAGACUUUCAAGGUGAGCCACGACCGUGCAUGCGGUCGUCGUAGCGUAUUCGGAGCCAUAUGCUAGUCUUGACGAUUGUUGGGACUGACUGGCUAAUCGCUGCAUCAUACCUCGCAGGACCUGUAUGCUCCACUCCUAGGUCCAUCCGUGCCUUUCCUGCAGAAACUACUGGCAGGCGUCACUUCAGGCGCCUUGGGCGCUCUCAUAGCCUCUCCCUGCGACUUGGUCAAGGUUCAGAUGCAAGCGUCUAGAACAGCAAGCGUAGGCGGUGCGCCUCCCUAUCGCAACACAUUCGUAGCCUUCUCGACCAUCUAUCAUAAAGGCGGACUCAAGGCUCUGUGGAGAGGCGUCGGACCCACAACGCUCAGAGCUGCUGUGCUUACUAGCACGCAGGUGAGGCUAGCAGCGUCCAUCCACUUGCACUGCUCGCUCCUUGCUGAUGCUCUUGUUCGCAAUGUUUUUCUGCAGGUGGGAACGUACGACGAAGCCAAGCAACGCAUCAAGCAUUCCGCUUCGAAUAGCAAACCCAAUCUCAUCGUCGCUCAUCUCUCACAGGAAGGUCUGCCUCUACAUUUCGCCAGCAGUAUGA